AUGACAAUUGCCGUCACUGACGUGUUCAGCUGUGCCUACGGCCAGGUGUGCGCUGUGGCGGCGCCUGGUGUGCUGUCUAAUGAUGACAGUGCAACCCCCGGCACCGUCUUGACCGUGGUUGCCUCCACAAAUGUUUCCACGGGCAGCCUUGAGCUGCAGGCUAACGGGUCAUUUGUGUACACACCUGCGACGACAUUUUCAGGCAACGCCACCUUCAACUAUACAAUUAGCAACGGCUACUCGCUGCUGACUUCCUCGGCGCCCGUGGUGCUGGUCGUCAGCCCGGCCACCCCUGUGCCUGGCGCCGAGGUCAACAUGCGUUUGGUGCUCAUCCCCAGCGACAACAGCACAACAACGUCUGCCGCCGCCGCCUGCCCCGUCGAUGUGACCCAGCUAACCACGCUCGCAGAGGGCUUUGCUGCAAAGAUGCGUACGAGCGACGGCAUUACGGACGUGCAGACAACGGCUGUGAAAUGUGAAUACAUCUGCACGCCCUCGACGCUGGCCGCCAAGAAGUGCAUCGCAAGCGGCGGCGCGGCUGGCAGCUACAUUGUCGUCCGCAACCCGACCACCAGGGCCGCGACUGUCUUCUUUGAUGGGGAGGUGCAGGGGCUGGCUGAUGUGGGCCUGAACGACACGAGCAGCAUGGAUAGCAGCGCCCGCAAGCUGCUGGCCACAGCGCAGCCGAAGGCGGCCGUGUUCCAGGCGUGCUGCGUGAGCCCCAAGCAGAGGGAGCCGCCGAAGGGCAACGCGCCCACCUGCAAGCGGAUCAACGUCGGGAAGACGAUGACCAAGCUCAUGCGACUGUCCAAGUGCAAGUGCCUAAACCUGCGGGAGUUUGUCAAGGCUGAAAUCUACCCCUUCACGGCGGGUCUAGCGGCCACGGUGUGCGUGUCCAAGCCGUCCAAGCGCAACCCCGCAAAGUGUGCCAACCAGGUCCUCAAUGCUGGAUUUGCGACCAUCGCAUGCCUUGCCCCUGCCACUACCAACGGCUCCGGCAUCCUGUCUCUCGAGUUCGAGUCGGCGCGCGGCUUCUCAGUGGGACGCUUGGGCACCGUCGUGGCGACAUGCACCAACAGCAAGUUCACGAGCAUCAGCUCCUGCAACAUCGCGAACACAAACGGCACUGUUGUCACCAACACGCCGGCGGGCGGCGUCCGGCUCGCCUCUGCGGAGUGGGACGCCGGCUGCCUGUGCAAGGCCACGGGGCGCCGGCCCGUAGUGAUGGUGCAGGCUGCCCAAGUUGUUGCAGGCCCCUCUUGCUCCCUGACAUGA